GAGUCCUCGAGUUCAACAGUCCGAUCCGAUCGUUAUUUUUUAGGAAUCUGCCUGCUCCUUGAUCCUUGCACCUUUCUUCGUUUCUAGCGGCUGAGGCUCCGCUAACUGUACAAAUUUGUAGAAUAGGCUGGGUUGCUGACUUUAGUUCAGCACACCAGUCACUAGUGUCAAGUAGUGACUUCUAAGUAAGCUCUAUGCAACACAUGUCCCUAGAUCCCUGGCCUGAGCUGACCGGUCGAAACCCACCAUGUGCUCGCUAGCUAGUUUCUCUGUGUGCAUUCAAAUAUGCCUAGCAAUAACAAUUACAUGGAGCAAUUUUGCCCAGGGCAGAAUGUCCGGUGCCAGGACUGAGAAUGGUGGAUCCUAUUCGGUCACGGUGGACGCCUCGCACAUCGUGGCACCGUUGGACCGCUUCUGGAGAAGUACUGGAUUCUGCCCGCCAUUGCCACACCAGAACUUCAGCUCAUACGUCAUCACAGAAGAUGAGAUGCAAAACAUUGCCCUGAUAGGGUCGGUGGCUAGAAGAGGGAUUGAGCAAGUACGCAUCCACUGGCUACUGGAUCUGGUCACUGUAACCGGUGAGUCCAGUACGAAUCUGACAUAUGACUUCUCAACGUUGGACAUCCUCAUGGAUUGGUUGCAUCGUAGUCAGCUACGGCCUGGCUUUGAGAUCAUGGGAAACCCAUCCGGUUACUUCACCUCGUUUGACAAUAAAACGCAAGUCAUACUGUGGAAAGACCUUGUACAGCAAGUUGCAGCACAUUAUAUUACCCGGUACGGCCUGGCUGAAGUUGCCCAGUGGAACUUCGAGACGUGGAAUGAACCAAGCAACAAAGAUUUCGACAACCUGGACAUCACCAUUGAGGGUUUUCUGAACUACUACGACGCCUGUUCCGAAGGCCUGCUGGCUGUUGAUCCCUCACUACGUCUCGGUGGUCCUGGAGAUGGCUGUAGAGAUACACAAAUGUACUGCUGGGCAUUCCUAGCUCACUGCGCCAAUGGAACUAACUACUUCACAGGCAAAACAGGUGUCCGAGUUGACUUCAUUUCCUUUCAUCAUAAAGGCAAGGGAUCCUCGGACUAUAUUCUAGACACAUCGAACGACACUAUCUAUGCAAUCCGCCGUCAGUAUCCUCAACUAGCACAUGUCGAUAUAUACAAUGAUGAAGCAGAUCCAGUGGGAGGCUGGAAUAAGUUAGAAGACUGGAGAGGUGAUGUUAGCUAUGCUGCCAUGGUUGUCAAGGUGAUUGCAGAGCACCAGAAUAUGUUCCUCUCCACGGCUGAAGCAGCAGCGUUCACGCGUUACGCUCUGCUAAGCAACGACAACGGCUUCUUGAAUUGGGACCCCGUGAGCCAUUUCAACGAGCGGACACUGACUACUCGGUUUCGCAUGAACUUGACAACGCCGCGUAGCGUAGAAAUGAUCAAGAAGCCCGUCUUGUCUGUCAUGAGUCUGCUGGCAUUGCUGGGAGAAAAUCAGCUUCUGACAUCGUGGAAACCAGACACAAACAAAGGCACACUGGGCUCUCUGGCAACGGUUCACAAGCCCAAUAGCACUGACCCAAUGGACAGCUGGGAGCUUGUCGUGAUCUUGUAUAGCAGUGAUGAUACCUCUGAUACGGUGGACACCUCACACGUCAGCCUAGACAUAGUGAACAUUCCGGACUUCAAUGAAAAUGCUGGAGAGAUUCACAUGCACUUCUACAAGAUGAACAAUGAUGCCACUAACCCGUUUGGCAUCUUCACUGAAGCCAGUAAACCAGACUACCCAACCAAGGAUCUACUCGCCCGAAUGCGUGCGUGUCAAGAGCCCCAGUCACAGAGCAUUGGCCUUGCCGACCACCGUUCCAAGAUGGCUGUGGAAGGGCGUAUUGACCUGUCAUUCACCCUGGACAUGCCCGGAGUGACAGUACUGCACGUCUGCCAGCAGGCAGCCAGUCCUCCACCACAGGUAACCGGAUUGUGGCUGCACAAUGUGACAUCAUCAGAAGUGCUAGUGACCUGGCAUGGUGUUGACGUGCGCUGUCUGUUCACCUACCAAGUCAUGUAUUCCACUAGCGGUCCCACCGGCACCUACUCGCAAGCUAACUCCGCACAGCCACUCAUCUCGUCAUCAUUCAUCCAUGCGUUGAGUGCUAGCGAUGUGGAGAAGAUGGCUGCCGCAUCGGCAUCGGUUUCCUACAGAAUACAAGCAGUUGACUACGGUGGUAGAAAGGGACCAGCAUCUGAUCCUAUUUCUAUUUCACUGUAACAAGGUACAUGUACAUGACUGUACAGUCAGACCUCGCAUAACCGCACACAUCCGUUUUCGACAAAAAUAUCCGGAGAGGCGAGGGAACCGGAUAAUCGAACACACAUACUGUAUGUCUGCAUAGCAUAUGCUGUAAAUCGGUAAGCUGGGAUUUUCUUCCGGAUGGCGAGGGAUCCGGAUAAAAGAGGACCGGAUAAGCGAGGUCUGACUGUAGUACUCCAGCAAUGAUGUGAGUUGCCUCUCAGCCGGACAUUCCCAUGCAGUUCUACUGCUACUGCUACUGUGGCAAUGCCAUGGUAACAGCUGAUACAGGUACUAGUACAUGUACAUACUUCAAAGUACUGUUAUACUGUUAUUAGCAGUACAUGUACUACCAGUGCUUGACCAGACGGCAGAGAGCCUUGCUGCUUCCUUGUGUCAGGCAAUGCUAUCAUACCGGUAUAAUUAUAAUUAUUGUUACAUGACGUAUACCACACAAGAACACCACGGUACAUCUACAACUGUCACCGCACUCAGGGUAUGACUGACUUCUAUUUUUCAAUUCGGGUGAUAUUUGAUUGCUUCAUCAG